AUGUUGUCUUAUUUCUGCAUGAAUGGGAUUCUUCUGAUCCUGUUUACAGGCCCCACAGUAUGGGGAUCAGUUGUGAAAGGAGAGGUGGGUCAGGAUGUCACUGUGCCCUGCUUUUACAGAGUUCAGAGUAGACAAGACAUCACAUCAGUGUGCUGGGGUCGUGACAGCUGCCCUGUUUCAAAAUGUUACCGGACCAUUAUCUGGACAGAUGGAUGGAAGGUGACAGAGCGGCACAGCAGCAGGUAUAUGUUGAAAGGGAACCUGCAGCUGGGCGACGUGUCCCUCACAAUCGUGGACGCCAAGGAGGCAGACAGUGGGGUAUACUGCUGCCGCGUGGAGAUCCCAGGGUGGUUCAAUGAUCAGACAAGUAAUCACAACGUUGUGAUAGUGAAAGCUAGGAUCUCUACUGCAAGUCCUCAUGCUUACACCUCUGAACAGACCUCAG